GUCCGUCUAUCAAAUCUUUCCGCCAGCAGCGCGUCUCGUGUGCAAGUCUUUGAAUGUGGCGUGUCGCGCUUAAUAUAACAAUAAAUAUCACACAAGUAUAUUCAAGCAAACCAGCGAGUGUUUUCCGACUGUUCAAUCCAAGAGGUAGCUGCUGUUUGCUCGGCCUCACUCGCACAGAGCUACGUUACAUGUCAAGUCAAGCGAAGAGACCCUGCACUGGAAACAUGACCGUAAAAAAGAUCGGAACCCACAAUGGAUCCUUCCACUGUGAUGAGGUUCUGGCCUGCUUCUUCCUCCGCCAGCUACCGGAGUACAAGGAUGCUGAGAUCAUCCGGACCAGGGACCCGACAAAGCUGUCAGAGUGUGACGUUGUCGUAGACGUGGGAGGAGAGUUUGACCCAACGAGGCAUCGAUAUGACCAUCAUCAGAGGACCUUUUCAGAGACCUUCAACAGCUUGUGUCCAGAGAAGCCAUGGGUGACCAAGCUCAGCUCAGCAGGCCUGGUCUACCUCCACUUUGGUCGUCAGCUGCUGGCCCAGCUGACGAAGCUGAAGGAGGAAGACAGGCAGCUGGAGGUGCUCUUUGACAAGCUGUAUGACAACUUUGUGGAGGAGGUGGAUGCUGUAGACAACGGCAUCUCACAAUACGACGGGGAGGCCCGCUACUCCGUCUCCUCCACGCUGAGCGCACGUGUCGGCCACCUGAACCCACGCUGGAACAGCAAGAGUCAGGACACCGAGGAGGGUUUCAGACAGGCCAUGAAGAUGGUCGGAGAGGAGUUCCUGGACCGUCUGGAGUUCUAUCAGUCCUCCUGGUUUCCGGCUCGUGAGGUGGUGGAGAAAGCCAUCAAAGAGCGACAUCAGGUGGAUCCCAGUGGGGAGGUGGUGUUGUUCUCCCUGGGUGGAUGUCCUUGGAAGGAGCAUCUUUUCUCUCUGGAGAAGGAGCUCCAGGUGGAGACACCAAUCAAGUUUGUCCUUUAUGCCGACCAGAACGGACAGUGGAGGGUCCAGUGUGUCCCCGCUGGACUCAACACUUUCCAGAACAGGCUGUCCCUGCUCGAGGAGUGGCGCGGCGUUCGUGACGAGGCGCUAUCCGAGCUCAGUGGGAUUAAAUCCUGCAUCUUCGUCCACUCCUCGGGCUUUAUUGGCGGGAACAAGACGCAGGAAGGAGCCCUGGAGAUGGCCCGCAGGACCCUGCAGGCUGCCGCCCAGUCCCCUGCUAACGGGAGCAGCUGAAUACACAGAGAGUAAAGGGGAGAGGCCGGCCAAUGGCACAUUUUAUUCUCUGGCUGAUCUUAAGAGAAGAGAGCUAGGAUUAUUGUGUUAGUUUUUUCUAGCUUGCAGCUUGUUUAUCCCAGCCAGGGCUAAUGUUGUUUUGUUCGUCUGUGCCAGGUUUGGGAUGCUAAUGGAAGCCAAAUAACCUUGGACCGGUUCCCUAAAUACCCAUAUUCCAACACGCUCUCUCUGAAUCCUAAUGUCGACUCUCUUAUCAUCUCUGCUUGUUCAUGUUAACGUGUUUUUGUUUUGGUCCUUUUGCAAUAAAAGACUAUUUAGAAUA